UCCUAAGCUGCCAUUUUGUCUGCCGGACAUAGGCAGAGAGAGAAACCGAGCAACAGCAACUACACAUUAAAGAACUGGAAUAACGAAGAAUCAGACGAUGUGAGUUGGCUGUCAAGUCUCAUCGGUAAGCGUUACUGAGAUUUGGGUUUUGAAAGGAAAUUGGAUCCAAUUUUAUCGAUAUAUCGGACUAAUUACGUAAAACAAAGGGGUGUUUCACUCCUGGCACGAAACUCGAAGGAAGCGAGUUGAGAAAGAACCCCGAACCCGUCAGCUAGCUAGCUUUCAGCAGUAGUGCUAGUAGGAAGGCUAGCCAGCGGUCUACUGUUUUGUCUCCCUUGGGUCCGUCUGCGUCAAGUCUGAAGCUCAAGACAAAUUGGCAAGUUUGGCAGUUUAAUGUUGGUUCCCCUUCGUCGUUAUGUGUCACUCGAAACCAAGGGACUGCUCUGUUCAAUGUAGCCCAAACACACAAAACGUCAGUGGAAGUUGAAGAACUCGGAAGAAGGAUUUGGUGUUAACUAAUGUUAGAUAGCUAGCUCGCUAUUAACAGUUAUCUAGCUAACUUAGCUAAACUUGAUUUGAAUUCCGGACACAUAGGUAGCUCGCCAGGCAGUGGACUGUGCUUUGUCUCGCCAAUUGAACGUUGGCAUCUAGGCUGCUAGUUAGCUAGUUAUGUGUAUUUGUAGCCAUCGAGCUUACAUUAAUGUUCACAAAUUGCACAGUUGGACUCUUUCCUGGAUCGAAUGCUCCAACGGAAAUAUAAGUUAACACAAGCUAGCCCAUAUUUGUUAGCUAGUUUUAUUAUACAGAAUAUAUACCUUAAUAAUUAUAUAGUUAACUGCUCACUAAUUUGCCAUUUCAAGAGGACCGGGCAGAUAUAGCUAGUUUAAAAUUAUUAUUGUGCGCAGGAUUUGAACUACCUUAGGUAACGCUAGCUAGCUAACACACGCAUUGCAACAAAUACAUUUUUCAACGACAAUGGACUAGACGUCAUACCACUUUUUUUUGUCAAGGAACCGAUUGACGUGGCCUGAAACCGUCACACACUUGUCAUCACUGGUGUUACUUACGUGCGUCGCUAAUAUCCAAUCAUUGGACCGUGUGUGUGUUGAUCAUCUAGCAAAUUAUUGUGGGGUUUGUAGCGAAACAUUGAAACACAAUGUCAGGACAGUCUAUAACGGAUCGGAUCGCCGCGGCACAGCACAGCAUGACCGGGUCGGCUAUUAGCAAAGCCGUGUGCAAGGCCUCGACGCACGAAGUCAGCGGUCCCAAGAAGAAACACCUUGAUUACCUGAUCCACUGCACCAAUGAGAUGAACGUCUCUGUCCCCCAGCUGGCAGACACACUGUUUGAGAGAACAGCCAAUAGUAGCUGGGUGGUGGUUUUCAAAGCCCUCAUCACUACACACCACCUCAUGAUGUAUGGCAAUGAGCGUCUCAUCCAGUACCUGGCCUCUAGAAACACCCUCUUCAACUUGAACAACUUCUUGGACAAAGGUGCUUUGCAAGGUUAUGACAUGUCUACGUUCAUCCGUCGGUACAGCCGCUAUCUGAAUGAGAAGGCCAUGUCUUACAGGCUGGUGGCUGUGGACUUUACCAAGAUGAAGAGAGGGAUUGACGGUGUGAUGCGUACCAUGAGCAUAGAGAAGCUCAUAAAGACCCUUCCUAUUAUCCAGAACCAACUAGACGCACUGCUAGACUUCCAGGCCAACCCUAAUGAGUUAACUAACGGGGUGAUCAACUCGGCCUUUAUGCUGCUGUUCAAGGACUCCAUCCGUCUGUUUGCUGCCUACAACGAGGGCGUCAUCAACUUACUGGAGAAAUAUUUUGAUAUGAAGAAGGGUCAGUGUAAAGACGCGUUGGACAUCUAUAAGAAGUUCCUCUACAGGAUGACCAAGCUGUCAGAGUUUCUCAAAGUGGCAGAGCAAGUUGGAAUAGAUCAGGGUGAUAUCCCCGAUCUCUCACAGACCAUUAAAGGAUCAUGCAUUGCUCCAAGUAGUCUCCUGGAGGCUCUGGAGCAGCACCUAGCCUCUCUGGAAGGGAAAAAGACCAAGGAACUCACCGCUGAUACCAGAGCGUCCACCCUGUCCAGUGCGGUGUCGUCUCUGUCCAAUACAGGCAUGUCAUUCAGCCGCAUGGACGAGAAGGAGAGACAGCAGGCCUUAGAGGAGGAGCAGGCCAGACUGCAGGCCCUCAAGGUACAGGACCAGCGUCUGAAGGAGAUUGGCAUGUCCACUCCAUCUGCCUCCCCCAGUACACAGUCUAUGGGCAGUGUCAACAACAACCACCACAACACCAAUCAAGGCAUGGAGCUAUUCAGUGCACCCUCCACCAACAGCAUGCCCAACCUCAGUAGUGAUCUAUUUGACCUGCAGCCAGCCUUCCUACCUGCUGUCCAGAGCACUCCCUCUAUCUCUACAGCCACCAGUGCCUGGGGAGGUGCUGCUGAGCCAGCUGAGUCAUCCAUGAGUGUAGAUUUUGAUGCUGUUUUCGGGGGCGGGGCUAGAAGACAGGCCAAUAACGACGUGCAGCCUGCCACCGAUGGGUUUGAUGCUCUAGGGGACCUGCUGAAGCCCACAGUGCCCAGCCACAACCAGGCUCCUCCCAUGGCCCUGCACCACCCCGGUCACCCCCAUCCAGGGCACCCAGGAGGCAAGCUGCUGGCCAAUGACCUUGACUCGUCCCUCGCCAACCUCGUUGGCAAUCUGCAGUUCGGAGGAGCCCCAGCCAAGAAUUUGUCGCUGUGUGCUCCGGUGUUCAGGCCAGACAUGCAGUGGAGUCAGCCUGGAGAGAAGAAGCUAACUGGGGGACACAGCUGGCAGAGCAAGACCAUGACUAGCACCACGGCCUGGAACCCUGCUCCCAUGGCCCCUGCACCCAUGCCUGUACAACACAUGAAUGGGAUGUUCUAUGCCAGUUAUGCUCCAGCUCCUAUGACAUUCCCAAUGACGACGCCGCAAGUGCCUAUGUAUGGAAUGGUUCCCCCUCAAAUGGGUCAGAUGGGGGGUGUACAGUUGAUGGCCCCCCAGCCCAUGAUGUACAACCAGCCUGUACUCAGACCCACAAAUCCCUUUGCCCCCAUGCCUGGAGCCCAGAUGCAGUUCAUGUAAUCUCAUGGGGGGAGCAGAGUGCCGAAAGCGAUGGCAAAACACACACCGAGCGAACCACCGAAGACUAAAUGAACGAAGGAAUGACAGACAGACGAAAGGACAGAUAGAAGGAAAACCAACCAACACCAAAUAUAAGAGGAGAGGAAGAGAGAAGAAAAAGAAAGGCAGGAUGAACCCGGGAGAUGAGAAGGGUGGAAGGCUAGAGCACGGAGGAGGGGAUAUGUGAUAAUAAAGGCGCAGCUCUCUGUCUGAAACAGCCCCCCCCCCCCCGAAAAAGUUAUAAAUAAAUACUGUAUAUUAAAAAAAUAAAGCGCAGAAGCCCAUUACUGGGUUUAAAACUACCUAAAACUUGAAUGUGUAGGUUGUUUUCAGUCGACAGAGUGAAGGGGGCAGGGGUUAGAGGUCCUAAGUUUAUUGCACUUAGGACCAGUGUAUACAUUAUGAAGUCUCUUUGUUGGGUUAGUUUGUCUUCUGUUACGUUUUCUGGUCAUUGGUGUACAUAGGUAGCCUAGGCUCUGUUACGGUUACUGGGACUGUAUGUAUGUUGCUACUAAGCUGAUAUUGAGCAAUUUGUCACACAGAGUAAAAGCGGGACGGAGAAGAGGGGAUCUAGCCAUAGGCAGAACAGACAGGUUUGGAUUGAAAUAGAUCUGUAGGUUAAAGUUGUAUCCACCCUCUUUGGUUGCAUCCACACAGGUAGGAAGACGUAGGUGUUUGGAUUCAGUUUUUAUAUCUCGAAGCACUUGUGUGUGCCCGCACGCCGUUAAUAAACCAUUUCUUUGUGAGCUGGUCUCUACUGUCUUUCUUAGCCGACAGGUCACCAAUUGGAGCGGUUUCUAGAAAUCUUUAUUUUAAUUCUCCAACUUUCUCACCAUUACUGAUAUCGAUCAAACCGGUGGAACCAAAGUCGCACAGUACCGUUUGUCCCUGCUCGCUUGCCAUUCUUGACUGUUAGGUAGCGAAGAAAAGCACUUACGUUACCCAAGGGAGCUGUUUCAGACAUGGAGAAGCCUUCACCAAGCGCAAUCAGACUGAGUAUAAAACAUUAAGGAUAGCCCUCUACACUCAUCCUCACAACCACCAUCAUCCUACCACCAGCCUAACCCUCAACCGCUUCUUAUGUCUAUUUGUCCAUGGAGAGCCACUAGAGAACUGUUGUAAAAUGUUUUUAAUCCCUCCCUCUACUUUAUUUGUGUCUCUUGUAAGAACAGUUUCUUCUUCAUCCUCAGUGUGUCCUUAAAUGUUGACGGAUUCGCACGCACACUAAAUUACACACCCACGAGCAUUAACGUGCAGACACACACACACACACACACACACACACACACACACACACACACACACACACACACACACACACACACACACACACACACACACACCUCCAUCCUGUGGAAACAAUGUUUGAUUUCAGAAUAGGAUCAUUCUGACGGUUGAUGUCACAAUUUGUGGUUCCUCUAUCAUAAUGUCCAUUGCUCUCGAUGGUGUCCUAUUGUUGCUGAAGCCAUAUGCAGUCAUUUUCUUCCCAACUGUCAAGAUGGGUCAAAUGAAAGGAUGUCAAAGUAACUUUUUGUGUCAAAGGAAGGAUAUUGUCAAACUGUUAACGACUCAACAGAACUGUUUAAUGUUUGUAUUUUGAACAAAUAUAUGUGCCAAUAACUUUGGUACUGGUUAGCGCUGAAUGAAACUUAAUUGGCAAGGGUUACUUUAUUGUUAAAUAUUUGCGGGACAUGGAGUUGAAAUGACCACCCAAUACUGGUUUGAGCAUACUCUUGGUCCCAUAGGCUUUAUAAAAGGAUGUCAAUGUAACUGAACUGUUGGUGCCAAAUGUCAAAACAGGUAUAGGGUCACAGUUGCCACACUUUUCACUGUCUAAUUCCCCUGUAUAACACACAUUGAUGUGUUUAAAACCUGUAUAACACACAUUGGUGUGUUAUAUAUGCCAUGCGUUUCUCAUUUAGGACUGUUUUCUGUUUACUUCCUAUAUCUUGACGCUAAAGCCAAUAGUGAGUUAUGCCCCCUAGUUAUGUUAUGUGCACAUAUAUAAAUGUCAUUUAUUCUUUUUGAUGAACAAGCUGAAAUGUUGCACUGAGAUGACCUCAUUCAGAACCUGAAAGAAAGGAGAGAAUUGGUCAUAAAUUAAUGGAUCAAAUCAGUGUGUGGCUCACGUACACAGAUUUGCAGGUGCGGCGGAGUGCUAGUGUUUUGAAUGCAUGUGCAGAUCCCUAAGACGAACCCUUCCCCUUGUCCACAUCACCAGUGAGUUGAGUACUGUGGAGCGUCUAACGCUGAUCCUUUUCACUUUCUAGUAGACCUAGCUCUCUAGAACCCUAUCUUUGCUGCUCUUCGGUCUAGUACGUAUAGCUCUAUAUUCACCUCUUGGUGACUUGCCAAUUGCCAUUGUCUUCAAGAUUAUCUUGGUGGAUCGUCACUGUCUAGUAGACCUAGCUCUAAAUUCCCCUCUUAGCCUCUUGUCACUGUCUAGUAUGUAUAGCUUUAGCUUCUCUUGGUUUUUCUUUUCCGUCAAGUAUAUGUGUCAAACUCAUUCCACGGGGUGAGUGUUUGCGAGUUUUCGCUCCACCCUUGUACUUGAUUGAUGAUUUUAAAGUCACGAAUUAGGAACUCCCCUCACCUGGUUGUCUAGGUCUUAAUUGAAAGGGAAAAAAACUAAAACCUGCAGACACUCGGCCCUCCAUGGAAUGAGUUUGACACCCCUGGUCUAUUAGAUAUAUUUCAAGAAUUGUCUCCAGGAUCUCUUUAGAUUCAUUCCCCUUCUGACCUCGUUUCAUUGUCUAGUAGAACUAUAUCCAGAUAGAAUCUCCUCUUGGAGUCUUUUCACUGUCCAGUAUGUAUAGCUCUAGAUUCUUCUUGCUUCUGCUUUUGGAGAUGCUUUACAAUCCCCUUUGUCUUCUAACUUCCUGUUUCUUCACUGGACUCUGUCAUAGGCCGUCACUUAUCAUGCUGUGUGUGGGUGUGUACGCCAUCUUUAAACUUAUACUGUCUCUGAUUGGAUCAUAUGCAUUUUAUGUCUUGUCGGUGAAACCAAACUAUCCACAAUGGCUAAGGGAGAUGUAUACUCUCUGAAGAAUUAAGUCUGUAGUCUUGAAGUAUUUGAGGGUUCUGGUGGUACUAGUCUUUGUCUGUAGGAAGGAUUGCCUCGCUAUAGUAGUACCUGUGUAAAAGGGGGUUGAGAACCAGUGGUGGUCGUUUGGAAGUUGGAAGUUAAAGGUCCAAUGCAGCCGUUUUCAUCUCUAUAUCAAAUCAUUUCUAGGUAACAAUUUCGCACCUUUUGAUUGUUUUCAAUUAAAAUAGUGAAAAAUAAGCAAAAAUAGCAGUUUCUCAAGCAAUCAUUUUGUUAGGAUUGUCAGGGAGUGGUCUGAGUGGGGAGGGGAAAACUAGCUGUAGGUUUGGAACGCUCUUAUUGGUCUAUAAAAUUUACCGCCUGGUGAUGUCACCAAGCAAGCCAAAACGCCAUCCCACCAAAACAGGCUAAAAUUUGACAGUCUUUUCAAACAUCUCUAACACUAAAAGGGCAUAAUCAUAAUUUUCACUAUCACACUAUUAUUUCAACCUUAUAGUGUGGAUAUAUAUUAAACACAGAAACCCUUCUCUGGGCUCCUCGUACUGUGAUAGUCCCUUACUCAGGAGGGUCGGAAGCUCUUGGUAUAAGUUGCUCUAAAAGACAGAUCUAGGAUCAGCAAACCCUUGGGGAGAAAUGCAAAACUGACCUUAGAUCAGUGUUAACUAUAUUUGCAUCCCAAUGGCACCCUAUUCCCUAUGUAGGCCUCUGGUCAAAAGUAGUGCACUAUAUAGGGAAUAAGAUGCCAUUUGGCACACAAUCCUUGUUUGGCACUGAAGUUGAUGAGCACAGCUUUUUUCUUUUUCUCUUGAAUUUAUCAUGUCUUAUGUUCUCUGGUUCUUCAGUAGUUUCAUUUCUCUCUUUUUAAGUCAUUUUUAAACUAGAUUGUUGUUCUGCAUGGUAUCCAGGCUUGCCUGUGUUUUGUGUGUCUUUUGAACUGGUUUCAAAACAGUGGAAGAAUAGCAGAGGGGGAGAGUGACAGUGUGGAGACUACAAUGUAGAUUGUCCUAUUAUAAUCUUAGGGGGUGCGUCUCAAUAAUCUUAAGUGUCUUUCUCUCUCGUCUCCUAAAACCAGAAGAGUGUUAGCUCCCAGAGCGAAUGCCAACAAUGUCAAAUCACACUGAUGGUCUGUUUUAUGGUAGGCUUUUCUUCCCCUGUGCAUGGUCGUGAUGAUGAUGAUGAUGUUCUUUCUACAACUCCCCUUAAAAGCAUGAUCUGAUUUACUGUCUGUUAAAACUCGUUCAAGUGUCCGGGUUGUCAUGGUUGCGUUUCUGAUUACAUGCUGCAAGGACAGACACCCCUAACCAUAGAUCUAGGGUGAAUCUCAAUAGUAAUUCCGUGACUCCUUGCGUCCUCUGUCCUCAAAGCAUUGGAAGAGGUGGUCUGGGGGUGUAGCCAAACCCUUACUUUUCCAAAGAUGCCACGUUACUUUUCCCUUUAUUGAAAUGGGUCUUUUUGAUCAUAUCUGCAAGUGUAGUACCCUCUGGUGGUGAGUCCCUGUAAUAACACAGAAAUUGAAGACGUCAUCAACCUGAAAUGAAAAAGGAACACAGGGAAAGAGGAAUGGCUUUUUGGGGUUAAACGGAUACAUUUGGAUAAAUCUCUCCAUAAAUGCAUCAGUUUAUCUGUUAUAAUCUGAUACAUUUGCUCAUUUUCAGUCAGUGUUUGUUCAACGAUCUUGUGCACAUUUUUUUCCUACAUGUUUUUUUGGAAACAACUACUCUUCUGAUAGCUGCCUGGUGAUAACUAUGUAAAUAUAAAUAGAAACAUGCAAACACAUACACACACACACACACACACACACACGCAUCCUAAUCCCUGUAGUGUACUAUACAGGGAAUAUAGGCUGCGUUUACACAGGCAGCCCAAUUCUGAUCUUUUGCCCAAUUAUUGGUAAAAGAGCUGAUCUGACUGGUCAAAGACCAAUUAUUGAAUUGGGCUGCCUGUGUAAACGCAGCCAUGGUGUCAUUUGGGACACAUCCAUACACACACAUCUGCCAUAAUGUUAUUUUUGUCUUUGUAUUAUUAUUUUUCUGAACAUGAGAGCUAUUUGAUAUUUGCAUUAUACAUUAUAUAGAUAUAUUAUAAUAAUACCCAAUGGGUGAUUAAACGUAUGAAGAAGGGGAUUGGCUGCAUAUCUACAGGUCACCAAUGGAUCGUCAAUGGAUGUCAUUGAUUGAUUGUCAAGGAUGCCAAAUGAUUCAGAGAAUCACACCUUUGUCUCUGAUUAUUCUUCUUGUUCUUCCCCCUCUCUUUGUACAUUUUUAUUUAUUUAUGCAGAAAUAUUAGGAUUUUAUUAAGCAUGGAAAUAAUACAAAACGAACGUUACAGAAAUACAAAAAUCAUUGGCUUUUAUUUUACUUACUGUGUUUAUUUUGAUUAUCUUUUUUUGAAAGAAAUAAAGUCAUUUUCCAUUCCUAAA